CAGACCUGGAAAGAUGUCACGAAGGAAACAACUGCUUUGGUAAGGGGAAAUGGGCUUGGGCCGCUCCAAGGCUCACCCUCGGGUGAUCAAAGUUGCACCUUUACAAAACCAAGAAGCAGAGACUCCCUCAGCUGGCCCUGUGUUCUUUGCAUUGACUGGGAACCUGGAAGAAAAGAGCUCAUAUUCAUUCAGAAGACUGCAGGACCAGAAUCGAGUUCUGGAAGGGCAACUGCCACCUCUGCGAGAAACCUGGCAUGGAAGACAUCCUGCAGUAUCCAGGGCCUUGUAUUUUGACAUCCCGCUGAAACAUGAAGAAACAAGUAUCAUCAAAAGGCACCCACCCCGAAGAAUUCAAAAGCUUGAACCCAUUGACCUGCCACAAGUAAUUACCUCUGAGAGACUACUGAGCCAGCAAGAAGCCAGAACAACGCACAAAGCGAAGCAGGAAUUGGAGAAGAAAAUGCAGAUUCCAAUGUAUACUCCUGGGAAAAGACAAUAUUUGCAUAAGAUGCAAAUGCUGGAAAUAAACCGUAAAAGACAAGAGGCCCAAAUGGAGUUGAGGAAAAGUCUUCACCAGGAAGCAAGGAUUAAUAUGCAAAAACUGAAGGACCAGAGAGGCAAGAACAUCCUUCAACACAUGCCCAGAAGUGUCGGCUGUGACAUGCUAACCACACUGCCUGAUGAAACGGUCAACAGAGGCCUGGGACAUUCACAGGAUGAAGAUUUCUUGGAAUACCACACACAGAAUGACCACUAUCCCCGAAAAAUUGGCAAAAUGGAAACAUGGCUCCGAGAACAAGAAGCCCAAGGACAGCUUCUCUGGGAUAGCUCUAGCUCUGAUUCAGAUGAGCUUGAGAAAGAGAAGAGACCACGAGCACUGGUGAGAACCAGGACAGAGAGAAUCCCACUUUAUGAUGAGUUCUUUGACAGAGAAUAGGAAUGCUAUACUCUGUCUCAGAUAGCAAGAGCACUGAAAGCUUUGCUUUUCCAUCAAAACCCUUCAUGUUUGCAUAUGAACUGCUCUAAGGGAAACAGUUCACUUCAGUUCAUAGAAAGGAUGUCAACUGGAGUCUUUUGGUUAACAGAUUUAUCAUUUGUGGUCUAAAACUACCUGUGUUAAAGCUGAAGGGCUGAAACAAAGACCGUCUUCUUCUCUCACUUUUCUGUGGGUGGCUGGGCUCAGCAAGGUGGGUCUUUUGCUGGCAUCUUAGUUCUCUCAAUAGCUCAUGUAGUUUGAAAUCAGACAGCAGUUAAGACUGCAGCCACACACAGGUGUACCUAGGACACUUGGACAUCUGAAAUUUAUACACUCUUCAUCCAGUCUCAGUCUCUUUAGACUGUGAAACAAGGUAGGAAAAUUUCCUUCAAAUCAGUCCAAGGCUUCUAACAGCAAAUAUCCCAGCAGAAGGAAACAGAAACAGCAAGUUUCCAAUCAUUGAACCUACCCUAUACCACUUCCACUACAUCCUGUUCGUUAGUACAAGUUAUAGGCCAAAUACUAGCCAGUGGAAAGAGUCCACAUAGUCAGGCGUGGUAGGCCACACCUUUAAUCUCAGCACUUGGGAGGCAGAGGCAGGCAGAUCUCUGUGAGUUCAA